AUGGGAGAUGUACAGAUCGAGAAACUUAUGGGGAAAUGGUACACGGUUCGAAAAUUCAAUCUCAUUUGUGCUUAUUUCAUAGUUCAGUCGUGGAUACCAAAGCAAUUCAUCCUGAAGACUGUGCAGUUCACUACUUUGCCGAAUUUAGUUGAGCUACUAACCCAAACAGAUUUUACUGCCACAUUCUCAUCUCUUCAGUAUUCCCACUACAAGGGAGAUACAGUAACUACUCAAGGCAUUGGCCGAAUGAUGGGUCCUGACCCUGGAGAGGUAUUCUACAUGACUGAUUUUCCCGUGAAAAUGGGUGGACUCAACUCACAAGGCGAAUACGAAUACAUCAUAUUCAGUCAGCCACUCAAAUACCCGACAAUGGUAUUAGCGAGAGAUCUUCACAAAUUCGAGCAGAAGUAUAAACAGGAAGUUUACGCCUUUUUAGAGAAGCAUGGAUAUCUUAGCCCAAUUGCGGCGCUAAACACACGAUUACAUUUUGAAAAUGCUACUGAAUGUGAUCAAUUGAUUAGAUACUACGAUCAUAUGCAAUUAUGA